GUUGUCCGCCACGUAGUACAUAUACUUCAAAAAAACUGCCAAUUAAUUUAGACUAUUCAAAUUAAAUUCCUUUGCUUAACCAUAAACGGCGCCAAAUUUUAUACGUGCAAAUUAACUGCAAUUAUACACUGCCAUUUUUCCCGCCUACUUUCUCCUAAUUGCCAGCCUCCCCACCUUCAUCAAACUGCCAUACAAUUCUUUGAAAAAAAAAAAAAGAAGAAGUUGUACAUAUUAGCUACUAAAAACUGAUUGAGAUAUGGCAUUAUUUCAUGGGUACGCUACAAUUAUGGUUGUUCUGUUAGCUACGAGUUAUUUAGCGAUUUUUUCCGAAGCUGGUUCAUCAUCAUCAAGUCAAUUUUCAAAUGCAAUUUUGAUAAAAGUGGAUCAAUCUGGUAGAGGAGAUUACAGGAGGAUACAAGAUGCAAUUGAUGCAGUGCCUUCAAGGAAUUCCCAACAUGUAUUUAUUUUGGUAAAGCCUGGCGUUUAUAGAGAGAAAGUUGUUGUUCCUGCUGACAAGCCAUUUAUAACAAUCAGUGGGAGAAAAAAUACAGUGGAACAUACUAUAAUUACAGGGAAUGAUUAUGGGGAUAUAUUUAAAUCUCCAACUUUCACUGUUUUUGCUUCUGAUUUUGUGGCUCGAUACCUUACAAUUCAGAACACAUAUGGAAGUGGAGCAAAAGCAGUAGCAUUGAGGGUAGAAGGAGACAAAGCAGCCUUCUUGGGUUGUAGAAUUAUGUCUCAUCAAGAUACAUUACUUGAUGAUGUUGGUAGACAUUACUACAAAAACUGUUAUAUUGAAGGGGACACUGAUUUCAUAUGUGGAAAUGCUGCUUCUCUCUUUGAGAAAUGUCAUUUGCAUUCGCUUUCGCAAUCCAAUGGGGCUAUAACAGCACAACAUAGGCAAUCACCCCGGGAAAACACAGGUUUCACCUUUUUGGGUUGCAAGAUUACAGGAGUGAAGAGUGCAAUUCUUGGAAGGCCAUGGGGUGCCUAUGCUAGGGUAGUAUUUGCUCAAACUUACAUGUCAAGUGUCAUACUUCCCAAUGGUUGGGAAGAUUGGAAUGAUCCCUCUAGGCAAAGGACAUCAUACUUUGCUGAGUACAAGUGUUAUGGGCCAGGUGCAAGUGCUAAUAAGAGGGUUAACUGGUUAAGGACUUUGUCUAGUGAAGAUGCUGUGCCAUACUUGAAGGAGAGCAUUAUGAGCACACAAAGUUGGAUUAGGUCCAAGCCCACACAUUUGAUACCUUUGUCUAAAUAUAAAGCCAUCUCCACCAGUUUCAACAAGAGAUACACCCCAUAAAACUUAAAAUUUGUUGAUUAUAUAUGAUUUUUGCUUAAAGAAAUGUCAGCAUAUUAUAAUGUAUUUGUUUUUUGUUUUUUUAAAUUAAUUUAGUUGUUGUUUGAACCCUCUACAAAUAUGACCAAUGUCUUAGUGAAGUUAUUAUGUAGAGAGAGUGCUCUAUCUA